ACUUUCAGUAUUUUCGUGUAUUUUCAUUGACUAGGCCAUCGCGAUUUAGUUCGUACAGAUCAGUUGUGAGGUUGUUCCACAUAGGUCCAAAAUAUUUUGAAAAUAUAAGAAAAUGCCUGCUCCAGCAAGUUCUACAACUGUAGGCGCCGGUUCACGUUCGCCAACAAAGUUAUCUGCCCCACGCGCCUCCGGUGCUGGUGGCAGCAAUCUUAAGCAACGUAAGACAACAAGUAGCAACACUGCAGCAAGAAGCCGUACAACGGGUGGUGCUGGCACUGGUGGUAUGUGGAGAUUUUACACAGACGAUUCACCUGGUAUUAAAGUUGGUCCUGUACCCGUCUUGGUGAUGUCUUUGCUCUUCAUUGCUUCCGUUUUUAUGCUACACAUUUGGGGAAAAUACAAUCGAUCCUAAGCAAUAUACUUUCUACUAGUUACUGACAGUGUAUGUGUAAAAUGUCGACGUCAUCAACUUUCAUUCAAUGUUUUUGCAUUAACAGCAUUUACAAAGAAAGUUUUUACAAUUUAGUUAAGUUAUUGUAAUAACAUUUAAAAGAAUUUUUUUUUUUUCAAUAAACUGCUGUUAAUACCAGCAGGUGAAUUCAUUCCACAAUUCUAUGUGGUUAACACACAAAAGAUCUUGUAAUUUAAAUCUACAAUUAAUAAAUAUUUUUUGUAUAAAACAAACAAAAUCAGUUAAAUAUUUGUUUCCUGUAUAUAUUUACAACUUUGAGAAAAAACAAAUUUUUUAUAAAAU